UUCCUUAGGUACUGAUAAAUAUAUCCAGUCAGCCAGUUCACCGAGAACAUGAUGCGUGCAUACUUGACGUAGUAUAUUUAGAGGAGCGGUUCCAGUUUUCUUAUAGCUGUAACUUCUACCAUCUCCACUUAUUAUAGGCUGCGGCAGAGCAGCUGGGCAGGCACUAAACCGCUUUAUGGUAACUUUAUUAUUAACCUGCCCUUCUUUCUUUGAUCAACAUGUUCGACCUUGUUGACGUUAUUUUAUUUUUCUUAAUUUCAAUAGUAUUUAGCUCCCAGCUCCUCAGUCUUCGUAAUAGAACUAUGGAUACUCCAAACCCAAACCCGCCCAACCUCAGGGGAAGGAGACGGCCUCUGAUACCAAACUUGAAUCGGCACCAGCCUCCGCCUGUAAAACCACGAAUAUUCACAACCACCUAUGAGGUUACGCCAGAAGACAUAACCGAAGUGAAAGAUAUUUUGGUAAAGGCUAGGAAUCUACCUCUUGAACUUGUCGAUAUAAUCUUAGACGAUGCCGAGUAUUGGGUUUGUUCUUCUACUAUCAUCGAUCAUGACGAUUCCGAGUCGGGUCGGAUCUCCAUUCAUGGUGCACGUGAAGGAGAAAACCAAUUUCUGCUUCGCACCAAGCCGCUUGGGCUCACUAAAUGGUCGCCUUCUAGCCAAGAUCUGUGGAGAGUAGAAGCUACUCCUAAGCAGCUCGAGAAGGAAUACUCUCAGUCUGAUCUGCAAAAACUUGCUGAUGAUCCUCUGCCCACGUUAGAACACCCAUUUCGAAAAGUUGUUUUCGACAUUGAGAGUUGCGACCAGGGUUGGAGUAGCCAACAUGGUGAUCAUGGCACUUAUCGCAGUUCCUUUACGUGGUUUGAGGCGGGGUUAGAACGUUUCGAUAAGAACAACGAAUGUGAGAGAAAUUCUAACCCGUAUUGGAGAGGCAACCUGCGUUCCUUUAGGUACUUAAUUAACCAUAUAAUAGGCCUACCGGACUGUCCAGAUCGGAAAAACAACGACGAUAAUUCCAAUGACUUAGAUAUCCCAACAUGCGCGAUACGCCCAAUUUGGCCCUCAGUGGUGCAUGACCAAGGCAGCGCUGGUGGUCCGCGGUACAAUCGUGAUUUACUUGCUGAUAAGUACCAUGAGAUACAGCGCAACAAACACGCCGUGGGCGAAUUACAACACCACCACGUCGAGUGGACCUUAGAUGACAACAUCGACCCGGAAUCCUUGGAGGCGGAAAGCUUAAAUGAAAUUGGCCGGGGAUCGGGCACAGGUAACGGUGAGUUCGUUAGGAACCUGAAAUUUGGGGAUAUGGUCACUGUCUGGGGUCAUGCGAGAUUUCCCGGGUGGGUGAAUAGCAUUAAAAAGGUCCAAGUCAAGGUUUAUUGGGCGCUAUAAUUUGUUUUUCGGCCCUGAGGUAGAGCUGUUAUGGUGUUUAUGUUCCUCGUCACUUGAACAUCUGCACAAUCCUUUUAUACCUUAUACCUUACGUACCUAAAGUAGCUAAUAAAACGAAUGGAGUAUUUGCCUUACCACCGAACGUUC